UUCUCGUGGCUCUUGAGAUUCAGUGAGGAGUCGUGCUUAGCAAACACCUUUACCACCACUUCCACGUAGUCUCUGUGGGUCGACCGAGCCACUUUGAAGAACCUUGUGCUCCCGAGACUGAUGGGUUUUCCGUAGUCCGUGAGGUCGUUGAAGUAGCUCUCUAACGGCAGGAUCUGUGCCGGAGCUAUGGCCGUUAUUUGAUUACCCAUGCUUGCUACAGAGCUUCGGCAGUCUCGGUUGUUCUGACUCGGUGAUCGCGAUUCAAUAUUUCUUGGAGUUUCCCGCACGCAUAAAUAGAACCAAUUUACGGAAGCGGACCCCUCCUCUUUAAUUUCCAAGAUCGCAGCCCAGAUAAUGCUGUCAUCCAGACUCUGCCGUCGUCUUCAAAGAGUUGUGCAGUGGAGAUCAGUAGGUUGUGUGAGCACCAGACGGGUUCAUUGUUCCACUCAGCUCAGGAUGGCUUCGGGCAAACUACAACCGGCAAAGCGUGCCACGGGACACGGGAAGAACCUAUGGGUGGAGUUUGUCGCUCUUGCUAUGGAAACGAAGGCCAUAAAUCUCGGGCAGGGAAUGCCAGACUUUGGCCCACCUCAGCACCUGAUUGACGCUCUGUGUGACUGCAGUCAGGAGGCAAAGAACAACCAGUACACGAGAAGCCAAGGUCAUGUAAGGCUGGUGACAGCUCUAGCCAACAUGUAUAGUCGGCUCAUGGGGAGACAGCUCAACCCCAUGACAGAUGUGGUUGUAUCAAUGGGUGCCUACAGUAUCCUGAGUCAUGCCAUCAAUGCUUUCUUGGAGGAAGGAGAUGAGAUUAUUUUGGUGGAGCCAUUCUUUGACUGCUACCAACCCAUGGCCAAAAUUGCAGGGGCGAAAACCGUGUUUGUCCCACUUCGUCCGCAGGGGCAGUAUGCAGGGCACUCCAAAGACUGGGUGCUGGACCCAGGGGAGCUGGAGGCUGCUUUUUCACCCAAGACCAAGAUGAUCAUUGUUAACAACCCAAACAAUCCUCUGGGAAAGCUGUUCACGACAGAGGAACUUACGGUGGUGGCGGAGCUGUGCAAGAGAUACGAUGUCAUCUGUCUCAUGGAUGAGGUGUACGAGUGGCUCACAUACUCUGGUACCAAACACGUGAGAAUGGCCACACUGCCAGGGAUGUGGGAAAGAACUAUCACUGUUGGCAGUGCUGGAAAGACCUUCAGUGCAACCGGGUGGAAGAUGGGGUGGGGGAUAGGUCCAGAGCAUCUUGUGAAGCACAUGCAGACGAUGCACGCCAACACUGGCUACUGCUACCCAACCCUGCUGCAGGAAGCAGUGGCCAGGGCCCUGGAAGUGGAGACGGCUAGACUGGGCCAGCCAGACUGCUACUUUACUCAGCUGGCGGUGGACACGGAGAGGAAGAGAGACGAGAUUGCAGAGGUCCUGAGGGAAGUGGGUCUGGAACCCAUCAUCCCCGACUCUGGCUACUUCAUGAUGGCCGACACUACUCCACUGGGGAUAAAAUUUGACUCGGGUAAUGAUGAACCUUACGACUUUCAGUUUACAAAGUGGAUGACAAGAGAAAAGGGUGUUGCGACUAUACCACCUUCUGCCUUCUUCAGUCCAGCCAACAAACACCUCGUUGAGAAGUUUGUUCGUUUUUGCUUCAUCAAGGACGACGCUACCCUCCAGGCAGCAUACGCAAAACUAAGGGAGUGGGCAAAGGAACUAAAAUCUGAGAAAAAGACAUAAAUUGUUGUAUUGGAGUUCUACACAGGGUCUUCUUAGUUCUGUUUAGUAUUAUAGUACUGUGAUUUGGCUCUCGCACCAUAAUGUUAUAUAAUAUAGCAGUCCUAGCAGUAAAUUUUUUGUUUUUAUGAACAUGUAUCCAUGGUAAUAAUGCCACACGCAACUAAAAACAAAAUUUGAAGUAUAUACAACGAAAUACUUUUACAGUAUAUGUGGCGCAUAAACCCACAGUCUGCUGCUUUCACGCCAAGUAGGUGAGUUUGAAGGUCCAGGCAUACUUGAGCUCUCCGAAUGGAAUGAGAGGAAUCCUAAUGUUGAGUCCAGCCGGGCUGGCAGUAAAUUCCAGAGGACCUUCAUCGUAGCCCAGCAGGGAGACCUCCGUGGAUUCCGUGGCCACCGCUUUCUUCAGUACAAAAUCCUCCC